AGUUAGAAGAAGAAACAUGAUAUGGUUGUUUUUUUCACUUUAUCUAAUUAACACUUUGAUGCAUUCCCCUUAUUAGAGGUUUACAUUAAAGGUGACCCAGAAGAGAGAAGGGGGAGAAGCUAAGGAUUCAGAAGAAGGAAAAGAUAAUUGAUACCACAUUGAUCCCAAAUUAUUUAUGAUUAAAAGAGAGGAAUUGAAUUGAAGCUAUGGAUCAUGUUAGUGACAUUCAACAUGAAUAUAACAAACGAGUAAAAGUUGAAGGAUGUUACGAGACAAUCGUGACUAAUCCCAAUGCAAUAUGGAAAAGUGAUAGCAUCCUAACAUUCUACCUCCCUUCCUUUGCAACCCAAAUUGCUAUCAUGUUGAUCACCACUCGUUCUGUAUACUACAUCCUCAGACCCUUGAAUCAACCUCUUAUUGUUGUUGAGAUUUUGAUAGGGUUCAUGAUAAGCCCAGAGAUAAUUGGGGGAACACCUUUUUUUGGAUCUUCAGUUGUUCCUCUAAGGGCAAUGAUGCCAAUUGAAACCAUGACACAUUUUGGGCUGGUUUUCUUUGUUUUCAUUGCUGGUUUGGACAUGAAUUUAGACACUAUCCUACACGCAAGGAAGAAAGCUACAAGCAUUGCUGUUGCAGGCAUUAUAAUUCCAAUGGCAAUGGGGAGUGGAAUAUAUUAUUUGCUUCAAAGCAUGUACAAGGGAUCUCCUGAGAAGUUGGCACAUCACAACACAUUCAAAGCAUAUUUGUUUUGGACCUUAACAUACAGUGUCACUGGUUUCCCCAUCGUUUCUCAAAUCCUGGCACACCUCAAGCUUCUCUACACAGGUCUAGGACGAGUGGCCUUAACAGCAGCUAUGAUCACUGAUUUUUACAACUGGGCCACUUUUGCAUUGUUGAUUCCAUAUGCAAUGAAUGAAAAAACUGCCAUUUACUCGGUGAUCGCCACCAUUGUGUUUGUCUUAUUUUGCUUCAUUGUCCUUCGCCCUUAUAUGGAGCGGUUGAUCAUCCGCAAAACCAAUCACAAUGAAUGGGACAAUUAUCAGUUGUUGUUUGUGGUCAUGGGAGCUUAUGCUUGUGCAUUCAUUACAGAUAUUUUGGGGACACAUCCUGUUGUUGGGGCUCUUGUUUAUGGAAUCAUCAUACCUCGUGGGAAAUUCACUGAGAUGCUGAUAAAUAAGUCAGAGGAUCUUGGGGUUGUUUAUUUGGCUCCAAUAUUCUAUGGUAACUGCGGCAUGAGACUCAGGUUCUUGUAUGCUGUCAGAACACAAGGUGUCACAUUGGUCAUGCUAACUAUGUUCUUGACAUGUGUCCCAAAGAUUUUAAGCACACUAAUAGCAACUCAAUUCUAUGGCAUGUAUGUUCUUGAUGGUGUGGCUGUUGGGUUGCUUAUGAACACCAAAGGUGUCUUACCCUUAAUAAUGCUCAACAUAGCCUGGGACGAGCAGAUUUUGAGUGCGGAGUCCUACUCAAUUUUAACAGUAACAGUUCUCAUGAUGACUAUCAUUGUGCCAAUAAUCAUCAAUGCCAUAUACAAACCAAGAAAGCUUCACAGGCAAAACAAGUUAAGGACUAUACAUAAUUUAAAGGAUGAUUCAGAGCUUCGAGUUUUGGCUUGUGUCCAUAACCCUCGCCAAACUACAGGAAUCAUCAACAUCCUCGAGGCGUGUAAUUCAAAUAAACUCUCUCCACUACGUGUGAUUGCUCUUCAACUUGUUGAAAUGACAGGAACAACCACAUCCCUUUUGGUUUCCCACAUCAACCAUCAUAACAUGCAACAAAAUGGAGCACAUAAUUCCCUUACCAAAUCAGAACAAGAUUUGGAAACCAUCACAAAUGUUUUUGCAGCUUAUGCAGAGGAAACUGAGAACACCCCCAAGGUGGAGACCCUUGCUGCCGUGUCCCGCUACUCAACAAUUCAUGAGGACAUAUACAAUGUAGCACAAGAAAAGCAAGCAACUUUGAUUCUCCUCCCUUUUCACAAGCAAUCAAGUUUAGAGGGUAUCCUAGAAAAUUCCAAUUCUGCAAUCAAGGACAUAAACCAGUAUGUCAUGAGAGAUGCGCCUUGCUCUGUUGGAAUCUUCGUUGAUCGUGGAAUUGGUUCGUUGUUCAAAGUGGAUUUGCGUGUGCUCAUGCUUUUCAUUGGCGGUCCUGAUGACCGUGAAGCAUUAGCCGUUGCGUGGAGGAUGUCAAAGCAUCAAAGGGUUCAUCUGUCUGUUGUGAGGAUUCUUUUAUCAGGGGAAGCUGCAGAAGCAAAUUCAUCAUCUUCAUCGCAUGUUGAAUCUAAAGGGUUGUUAUCUGCAGAAGUGGACAAUGAAAAGCAGAAGGAGUUGGAUGAAGAGUAUAUGAAUUCAUUUAGACUCAAGGCAGUGAAUAAUGAAGAUUCUAUAGAAUAUUUAGAAAAAGAGGUUCAUUCUCGUGAUGAUAUUUCAGAGGUACUUAAUCAAACAGAUCAAAUUGGAUGUGAUUUGUUCAUCUUAGGACAAGGUACUGGUAGGAACUCCGUGGUCUUUUCGAAUUUGAUGAAACAUACCGAUUGCCCAGAACUUGGAGUUAUAGGGGACAUGGUGGCAUCAAAUAACUUUGGUUCCUGCUCUUCACUCCUUCUUGUGCAACAAUAUGGGUUUGAGAGGAUAGAAUUUGAGACUAGCACUAAACAAUCUGGUGAAGCAUCUUCAAAUAAAGAUGGUUCAGAGGCACUUUUUGUGAAGAUAGAUUAGCAUCACUGUUGGUUGGUUAUUUAUUGGUGGUGAUGUGAUAUGGGUCUUUAUGCAUAUGGCUUGUGCCCAACCCCAAGAUGCAUGGAAAAUGAGGUUUUACACUUGCAAAGUGCACACUAUGUUUGUGGAUAUACAUGCCUUGGGAUGGAGGUGGUAAAUAGAAAUGGCAAAGAGAAAAAGUGAAAAACUAUGUGAUGGUUGAUAAUGGGAAAGUAGGAGAGAGAUAAAGAGAAGAGUAAGACGCAAGCUGAUAAAAAGCGACAAGAGAGACAGUUUCAAAUCGGAUUUGCAGUGUUGGUUAAACUCCAACCAUAUCGCCAACAUUCUACAGCUUUAUGUAAAAAUAAAAAAUUACCCAUGCGUUAUUUUGGGUCCUUCACAGUGUUGGAUAAAGUUGGGGUUGUGGCUUAUAAAUUGCAACUGCCUGCAGCGGCUAAGAUAUGUUUCUCAAAUCAAACCAUUCAGUGGAGCUACUAUAGAACCAUAUUUUCCAUUACCUCUUACCACAUCUGAUUUGGGACCCAUUUUCUGUCCUACUGCAGUGCUUGACACUCAAACCAUUCUCAAGGGAACAACAUUGGUCCCUCAAGUACUCAUUCAGUGGGAAGUUUGCAAAUUUUCUAAGGCCACUUGGGAAGAUAUUGGAGAGAUUCAAGCAAGUUAUUCCCAAUUCAACCUUGAGGACAAGGUUUCUUUUAGAGGGGUAUAAAAGGGAAGAGAAUUAGAGUAGGGUUUUUUUUAUGUAUGUUGUGAAUUCCUUUUCUCUGAACUGUCUCUCUAUUUUCUCUUCUCUGUCAAUUUCUGUUCUUAUCUUAGAGCAUCUCUCUGAAAUUUUCUCUUUCCUCAAGUUUCACUCACCAUUGCAAGAAAUG